CACGUCACCCCACCGUCACGACGGCGUCACAUCACAAACCUCCACGUCACGCUGUCACGUCACGUUACUGCAGCUCCAUGGAGACGCCGGACGCUGCUGACGCGGCUGAGGUGGGGCGCGGCGGCUCGACCCCCGGCCUCCUGGCACACCCCCGUCAGCUGCCAAGAGCGGCGCUCCACCGGUAUGUGCCCCGAACGGGGUGUCGUCCUACAGAGCUACUCCCGAGGCGGCUAGACACCAGCCCAGGCCCAGAGAAGUUCCAGCGCAGGUUCCGGCCCGGGGAGCCGCAGUCCGGCACCAUGACCAAACAAGAGUACCAAGCCAUGGAGACGCCGCAGGCCAAUCCCCAUCAGAAGGAGGAGCCGAAACCCAUCUACGUCCGGCUGCUGAAGUUCCUGUUCGGACAUGUCGGAAUGUUCCUGCUCGUCUCGUUUGUGGCCGCGUUCGGAGCCUGGGUCUUCAUCCAGAUGGAGACGCCGCACGAAGACCAGAUGUUCCUUCUGCGGCGGACCAAGAUCCGGGACAAGUUGGACGGGGAGAACUACUUCACCAGCUACUGGUGGCACUACGCCGCGCAGGAGAACCUCACGUUCCCUGAGUGGAACAAAAAGAUCAAGGGCCACCUCGAGAUCAUCGAGUCCUUCGUGAUCGACAUGGUCAACAACUACGGCUAUGACGGCACAAAGGACGAUUGGCCGUACGAGUGGGACUUCAGCAGCGCGCUGCUCUUCACCGUAACCAUUAUGACCACCAUUGGGUACGGCCACAUCUCCCCCAAGACCACCGAGGGUCAGCUGUUCACCAUCGGGUACGCCAUGAUCGGCACGCCGCUGCUGCUCGUCUUCCUGGCCAACAUCGGCGACGGCAUGGGCAAGGUCUUCACCUACACAUACAGCCGGAUCUGCUGCCGCUGGUGCCGCAGCACGCGCUACAAACAGCAACAGAAGCCCGGCCGGCGCGCGCAGCGGGUCUCCGACGACGUAGUCGGCAAGGAGGAGUACAUGCCCACCGACGAGGUCAACGUGCCCAUCACCAUCAAUCUGAUGAUGAUAGCGCUGUACCUGGGUCUGGGAGCCCUCAUCUUCUCUCGCUGGGAGCAGUGGGACAUGAUGGCCUCCUACUACUUCAGCUUCGUCACCCUCUCCACCAUCGGGUUCGGCGACAUGGUGCCCGGAAACAGCUUCAUGGACAAAGCCAGCGACGACGCGGUCAUCAAGGCCGUCAAGAUGGGAAUCACAAUCGGCUACUGCCUUAUCGGUAUGGCGCUCAUCAGUAUGUGCAUCCAGAUCAUGCAGGAGCAGACGGUCGCCAAGGUUCGCUGGGCCGCCAGCGAGUUCGGCCUCGUCGAAGGGAAAGACCAGAAGCCCAAGAUGGUGAUGCGCAGGACCACGCGUCGCGAUGGCGUCCCGGAGACCAAGUACUUCCAGGAUGGCUAUUACAGUCGACCAGUGUCUUCGGAGAAACGUCGGAAGCGACGCAAGCGUGAGGACGGUGACGCGCUGAGUGUUCGGGAUAACGACUCGAGGAGGGACAGUCGCAGUCCCAGUCCUCGCCCGGCCAGCGGGAGAACGAAGGAUGACAAGCCGCGAUCGCCGAGCCCGAAGAGGAACGAGAGUCCGAAGAGGGAGGCGAAGGCGCCGUCACCCCAGCCGCCUCCGCCACCGCCACAGAAGGAUGAUUUGAUGUUAGACAGUGAUGACGAUCUGUUUAACCUGGCGUAAGGUGGCGACAGGGGAUAUGUAGGCAGCUGAGAACGCGUCAGUUCAUCGGCCCCAGGAACAGCCCAGCGAACAUCUUGUUGCUUGUUUUUAGGACUGAUGUUUUUGUUGUUGGAAGCAAUAGCCACACUUCAUUCAUGACUUCUGUCACGAAUGAAGGUGUUAAAAAAGAGUUAACAUUUCUCAGUGGUGUUGAGUUUCAUGUCUUGCACAGCAAUGCCCAUAUCGUUAAUUUUUCUUUCCUUUCCCGCCCGAUCCCAACGGAAAAUGACCCCCGCUCGAAAUCGGUACUGAACCAGAUGACGCCUCUUCUUCGAAUUGGUUUGAUGCUGUGAUACCAGCGAGUAUGUGCUCCGCAUUUCGCUCGCAUUGUGUGUCUCACGAGAUGUGAGGUCAGGUGACUGGUGACCCCGAGUGACCCGGCUCUCGGUCAAGGUCACCGGGUCACAGGUCACUGACCUUAGAGUGUGUCAGUGAGACGGUCCGCCCGGGGCUGAGGCGCUGGGCCGGUUUGGGGCCCUUCUGCAAGUACACGUGCCAAACGGUGCCUCGAUCUGCCUCACGCCGGAUCUCCCCCAUCUCUCUCUCUCUCUACCUCCUCCCCUCUCUCUCCGGUCCGGUGUGCGCAGAUCUUGGCGCCACCCGCAGCCCUUGGCAUGGCGUUUCACUGCGUGUGUGAUCGGAAUGACAUGUGCUCAAUAAACGCAUAAAACAAA